AUGCGCCGAGCAAACCAAAGACAAGUCUGGAACCUGCUCGAUGAAAAGACAGCUGAAGCACCGUUACAAGAAGCCAUAGUUGUCGCAGGUGACCUCAACGGUCACGUGGACUCUACGAAAGACGGUUAUAGCUGCCAUGGGGGUUUCGCAUACGGGUCACGUAACGCUGAUGGCGAGCGAAUUCUCGAAUAUGCAGACUCGCAUAAUCUCGCCAUGUAA